UUGGCUGUGGGUUGCAUAGCAGCAGAGCUGAGAGACCGGUGGUGGCGUCAGCCUCUGUCAGGGGCAAACGGAGAGACGGAGCGCCCGGGCUUUGGAGACUCCCUGCCCCGGGAGAGGCGGCGUCCGCUCCGUUGGGGUCGGGGAUAGUUACGUGCUUAGUGUCGGUGAUGAGCGAUGGGGUAUGAUGUAACACGCUUCCAGGGUGAUGUGGACGAAGAUCUUAUCUGCCCCAUCUGCAGUGGGGUUUUGGAGGAGCCAGUUCAAGCUCCUCAUUGUGAGCACGCCUUCUGCAAUGCCUGCAUCACACAGUGGUUCUCUCAACAGCAGACCUGUCCUGUGGACCGCAGCGUUGUUACAGUAGCACAUCUACGCCCAGUCCCCCGCAUCAUGCGGAAUAUGCUCUCAAAGCUCCAGAUCACAUGUGACAACGCUGUUUUUGGCUGUACCACCAUUGUGCGACUGGACAACCUCAUGUCUCACCUCAACGACUGUGAACAUAAUCCAAAGCGACCAGUGACAUGUGAGCAGGGAUGUGGCCUUGAAAUGCCCAAAGAUGAACUACCAAAUCAUAACUGCAUAAAGCAUCUUCGCUCUGUAGUGCAGCAGCAGCAAACUCGUAUAGGGGAGCUAGAAAAAGCAGCGGCUGAGAACAAGCACCAGCUCUCUGAGCAGAAACGGGACAUUCAGCUUUUAAAGGCGUACAUGAGGGCGAUCCGCAGUGCCAACCCAAACCUGCAGAACUUGGAGGAAACUAUAGAGUAUAAUGAAAUUCUCGAGUGGGUGAACUCCUUACAACCUGCACGUGUAACUCGCUGGGGAGGAAUGAUCUCCACACCAGAUGCUGUGCUGCAAGCGGUCAUCAAGCGCUCAUUAGUAGAAAGUGGGUGCCCGGCGUCCAUAGUAAAUGAGCUGAUUGAGAACGCCCAUGAACGCAACUGGCCGCAGGGUCUGGCUACUCUUGAGACGAGGCAAAUGAACCGGCGAUAUUAUGAGAACUACGUGGCAAAACGAAUUCCAGGAAAGCAGGCUGUGGUGGUGAUGGCCUGUGAGAACCAACACAUGGGAGAGGACAUGGUUUUAGAGCCGGGUCUGGUGAUGAUAUUUGCUCAUGGGGUUGAAGAAAUUUAAUUGUGCACAAACUAAUAUAUGCACUCCUUGUGCUUCUCCAUAUGCUUCAUCCUUCCUUCCAAAAAGCAGGGUCUUGUAUCCCAGGCUAUCGCUUAACAAAUCGGGCCCCGGGCCCCACUCUUGCUGGCGGUGCCCAUUUGCUGAGUGCAGGUUAAGGACUUGCCAUUGUUGACUUUUGUAUGGAAGACACUCCAAGGGUACAUAAUCUGAUUUAUAUCGUCCCUCACAGUGCACUAUGAUAUCAACGUCAAACAAUCCAUAUUCAUUUUCUUAGUUCCACUUGGCGUCUGUUGAAAGUAAUGGAAAUUGGCCUACAAGGAGCAAAGCAAAUUUCAACAAUUUGGCAACAUUCAGAAGAAACGCUAACACUUAUGAAGGAGCAGAGGCAUUGUAAUGGAAUUAUGGGCAUUUUUAUAUGAGGUGCAAAGGCAUGCUCGUAAAUCACUGGUAUCUGUAACGGGAGUUAUGCUACGACUUGAACCUGGACUUGGGCAAACCACCAUGGACUUAGAUUUUGCAGGAGAAUUUUGUGCAAGUAGUCUAGAAUAAAGAAGUAGAUAUUUUUUUAAACCCUCUGUCAUUUGGCACUAGCUUCAGAUGUUCAGUUUGUUUUGGUUGUUGUCACAAUAAAUUAGCAGCAGACAAUGCAGCCGUUCCAUAGAGGUUCUGCCACUCAUCCUGUCUCAUAGAUGUGAACAUAUAAAGGUACCACACUGCAGCUUCUCUCCACCUUGAAUGAAUGGAAGAUGCAGUAUUUAUGGAUGUGCAGUGGGGCUCUUGCUACUUUGAAUUCUGUGUGUUUUUUGUGGAGGGUUAUGUAUGUGUUUGGUUUUUCCCAAUUCCAAUCUUGACACAAGGGAACAUGGAGCACAAAAAAUGUCACGUGUGGUGUUUUUUUUUUUUUUGUUUUUUGUUCCCCCCCCCCCCCCCCCCCAGGUUUUUCUUUUCUUCUGUGACGCUUAUGUAUAGUGCGGUUCUUAAUUAUGAUGCCCAUGUUUUGAGCAUAAUGUUACUUUAUUUCUAGUCUUAAUUAUUUUUCUUUCUUUUUUAUAUACAGCCUAAGGGCUCAUGAACACGACUGUAUGCCCUCCGACAUGCAGUCUGCGAGUGGGCCAUAUGUCCCAUAGUGGCAUACAUUGUGCGCACAGCAUCAUAGGUUACUAUGAUGCUGUGCAUAUUGGGCCGCACGCUGGACUAUUGUCCCGCACUGAUAUGAUCUCAUGAGUGUGGGACAAUGGCCCCACAGGCAACCCGAUGUGCACAGCAUCAUAGUAACCUAUGAUGCUGGCUGCAUGAUGUAUGCCGCUCUGGGACAUAUGGACCGUAUGUCUCGGAGGGUAUAUGGUCAUGUGCAUGAGCCCUAACACAGUGGGUAAAAAGUUAGGAGUUAAUCUUGCAUGCUACCGCAAACUGACAGGAGAAGACUACUUGUUCACCUUGUGCAUUCUGUAAAUGUACUUUUGUCUCUGCUCAAGUUACUACAGCUAUAUUGAAGUGCUUUAUGCCUUAGGCCUCAUCUACACUUCCAUUUUUCAUGGAUGUGUGCUGUUCGCAUUUUCCACGGACAGCACACGUACCUAUUAUUUUAACAUUUGUUCACAUAUCAAGUUUUUUUUUAUUUUUUUAUUUCCAUAAUUUUUUUUGUCAGGAAGACAUGCACUACUUUGGUCCAUGAUGCGGAUCAAACACACCCAUUGAAGUCUAUGGAUCUGUGAAAAUCACGGACACGGGUGCGUCUGUUUUUCAUGCAAGUAGCAAAGCCGGUCAGCACUAGCUCAAUGCACAGGAAAAGGAGCUGCCUCCACAGUCAACAUGUAGUAAUGAAUCCCAGCAGCUGUGUCUUUGCAAAUUCAGUUUAUUCCAAGAUAUAUCAUGUCCUACAACCAGGACGCAUUUCGGCAAACAUGCCUUUAUCAACUGGUACAUCCUAAAAGGAAUAGAAGUGGUGUGUAUAUAUACAGAAAGUACCGCCUACAAGGAUGUCCAACACCCAUUAUGGGUGGUGCACUCUAAGUGUCAAUCAGUACAUAUAAGAAAAGUAUUAAGCAAGAAAAAACGUUAAAGAAAAAUAGUGGAUUCUACCUUACAAUUGGAUAUAAUGUUUCAGUCAAGAUCAUAUUCAAGGAUCACAUACUAUCAGUUCAAAGUAAUUUACUGAAAAGCUGAGGUCUAAAAGAUGUACAUAAAACAAGGAUUAGUAAUAUGAAAAAAAUACUUAUAGAUGCAUAAUAUUAUAAUCCCAAUUAAGACCUCUGGGAUUUAAUGUAUCCAGUAUGCCUCCCUAUGUAGCAGAAGCUUUUUAGUAUCGCCCCCUCUCCUUGGUCUUGUUUUUCAUGGAAGACGGAUAGGAAAUGCUCUUGAAAUUUAAUUUUCACCUGAGCAUUGUCUGUGAUUUACAGAUGACACA